AAAAAAAAUUCUAAAAUAUUAUGACUGUCAGAUGUUCUAGAAUGAUGCUGGAAUAAACAAUAUUUAAAGUUUUAUAUGCAAAUGUCUUAGAGCCAAAUUUUCCAAACUGUUGCGAUAUCCAAUUCUGCCGUCCUAAACAAAAUCUUUUAUUUUUAUGAAUACAAAAUCUUUUAUAGAGAUACUGCCGACUUUCUGGGAAGGCGAAAUAAACCAGUGGGCCAAUUGACAUGAAAUUAUACUAUGUUGUCACUUGUCAUUCUCAUACAAGUUAGGGUAAAUUUCUCAGCUUAGAUAAAAUUUAUUAUUUUUUUUAUAUAAAAAAGGUUUAAAUUAAUUUUUUAGUGAAAUACAGCAUCACAAUUCUGUUCUCUCUAAACAGCCGCGAUUUAUGUGUUUUUUUAGUUUUCCCAAUUAAUUUUUCUGUAAAUAAAGAAUUAUCUAGUUUUUGUUUCGAGCACUUUGCACUUAAGUUUCACAACAUUCGUGAGGUCAUAUUUGAAGGUCACCAGAAUUAUCUUUAUCUCUGCUAUCAGAAAUGUCUUGUCUUACGCUUGUAUUUAAAUUAAUUAUUUAUCAGAUGUGUAAUCAGAAAAAUUACUUCAAUUGUUUAAAUAUAUGUUUUGAAAAUUUUUUUACCGUAAUUUAAUGCUAUUCGAAGUUAAAAGAUAAUUGCUCAAAAGAAAACGAAAAUACAAGUUUUAAUGUAAAAAGAAUAAGGUGUUUCCCAAGUUCUGCAAUGAGCAAGCAACAAGAAAGAGAUGGAAAAGAAUCCACCGAACAUGACAACUUCGUAGACUAUACGGAGCCGCCUUCGCUAGAGAGUAUAGCAGUCGUGUGCACAGCAGUGAGAUUGUGGUCGUCAGAACCUGAAACUGUGCAUUUUGAUACUUUAAAUAAUUUUUAUAGUUUCAGAGAAUUAAAAGAAAGAGUGUUAAACAAACUAAAAAGACUCAUCUUGCCAGAUUUACUAAAAAUCAAAAUAUCUAAUAUUAUUGAGCCUAUAGGGCUACAAUUAUGCGAAACUAAUUAUUAUUUAGCUGAAAUGAAUUGUGAUUUCCGAGAUAUUCAUAAAAUUGGAGGAUCUAUUUGUUACACAAUGGAAGGAGUUAUCGAUAACCUUAAAUCGCUCAAAGAGGUGAUUAAUAAUGAAGACCAAGUAAAAGACAUCAGUUCUUUGUAUGAGUUAGCUUGUAAGUACUGCUUAGAAGAAAAUAUUUCAUAUUUAUGGCAGAAUAUGAGUUAUGAGAAAAAGAAAAAGUUCUAUAAUGCCUAUUACGACGCAUAUAGGGAUCAUAUAGUAGACUAUUGGACUGCUUAUCUUGAAAACGAAUUGCCCAGUUUUUUUUAUAAGAUUACGAGUUUUGGCUACGAUGUAUAUGAUUCUAAUCAGAGCAUUUAUCAAAAUAUGACUUCGAUGUCCGUGUUUGUUGGUAACAUAUUUUCUCUCAAAUACUUCUGGAAGUUAUUAACAGAGCAAGAGAAAAAUAUCAAUAUGGAGUACUGGAUAAAUUUGGUAUUAAAGGAACUCAGACAUAAUAUUUUGAAUGUUAUCAACAAUGUAUAUCAACAAUACAACCCAUUUGCAGAUAUUUUGUUCUUUUUGUUAUCUAAAACGAAUGAUCAAAAGAAAAAGUAUUGCAUUUUUCAAACUCAUUCUGAGAUAAUAUUAAAAACUUUAUUUUUCUGUUGGCCUUGGCAACGAUUUUUCCUGCCCACAAUCAGGCUGAUGAUUGAUUAUCUUAAGGAAGAUGUUUAUGUUGGAAUAAUGUCUGACAUUACCGAGGAAAUAAAAAAUGGCAGAACCACGGGCGAUCUGGUCAGGGAAAUCUGGCGCCUAAGUCCAAUAAGAUUAAAAAACUCACUCAGCCUAGAUAUGGAAGGCUUAUUAUGGAAUUUACUUGAAGUAAAUGACACUAGAACAAUCGAUGCGAUAAUAAGCAAUAUUCCACCUGAAGAAAGAAGAGACAUUGCCCUGAAUAUAAUAAAUUAUAAUGACUUUAGUCACGUAAUUUUAUCUGGUAAAGUUACUUUUCUGGACACGUUAAUAAAAAAGCUUUUACCAAUGGAUGAUGAUAUCACACGUAUGAUCAAGAUGCGUACAUUGGAAUAUAAGCGUGAAAUUUCUUUUUUAAUCAUCAGCAAUGGUAUUCCAAUUGUCGAUGCAUGGUUAACUUGGAUUUUUCCGUCCGAAAAUGAAAUCAAACACUAUAAGAAGGAAAUACUUAAUCUAAUGAAAAUUUACGUUUCUUUGAUUCGAUUAAAUAAUUACGAAUACGUAAACACAUUUUUAAAAUGGUGUUUUGAGACGGAAGAAGAUAUCACUUCAUUCAAAAAAGCUUUUAUUCAAAAAGGCAACUUUCCUCGAUGUUUCAACCUGUUGAUCGAAAUGAGCAAUGACUACGAGACUGGAUGGAAUAGAUUUGAAAGAUUUAUAUAUCAUAGCUUAACUUGUUCCGAAGAAAUUUCCCAGUUCAAGAAAUUGUAUUUGAAAAGUGUACCAACUUUCUUAAAACGCGGUAAUUUGAAAUUUGCAACACAUUACUUAAAAUGGUGUUGUAACUCACUGGACGAGGUCAAUCGGUACAAAAAUGAUUUAUUGUUCUCUAAAAAAGGAAUCGGAAUGCUUUUAUAUCGCUGGCAUCAUACAUUGUAUUUCGGCUUGGAUAGCUUUCGUAGCAGAUUAAAAUGGUUCUAUCCUCUCUCAACUGAAACUAUUGAUAAACUCAAGUCGUUAGAAGUUCGCAAAUUCAUUGGAUUCUGUGACAGCUAUGCUCCAGAAAGGCAACAAGCCUUCAUUUAUUUACUGGACUGUUUAGAGUGGAAAUCGAAUUCAACAGGUGAAGGCGAAAUUCUCGAUAAUACUGAUGCAAAGAUUAUAAAUCGUAUAUUGAAAGGAAAGGAUAUUAAUGGGGAUGACACCAGUGAUUCUUCUUACAACUACGAUAGUGAUGAAAAUAAUUUUAUUUUAUGUGAAGAUGAUGAUUUUUUAUGAUUUGUUGUAUUCUUAGUUGAGAUGCAAAAUGCGAAAGAUUAUAUGAAUGCUUUCAUUAAUAAUGUCUUUUAUAUAUCCCUGAGAGAUACUUUUUUUGUACAGUAAAUGGAUAGUCCUAUGGAAUCUCUAGGAAAUGUUACAUAAAAAAUAAAUAUCACUUUAGAUUCAAAUAUUUGUAAAAUAAUUUAAAACAAUUAAAAUCUUUAGAAAAGCCUUACUUUCUUGUUUCACACAUUCCACUAAAAUUUUUGGUACCUACAUGAUAUCGAUUUUUCUGUAUAAUAUUUUGAUUUUUUUUACAGUACCACCUUUUUAUGCAGUGAUUCGGUAAAUUUUGAUACCUUUCUUUAAACUUUGGAAAAAAUUGUGAUACUAAAGCAAUGUAUAAACGACAAAAUCAGUAAAAGUUGAAAGGCGCGCUUGCAAUGUUUUAAUUAACAUUGAACAUUUUUUCGAGUACAAUAUCCUUGGCCACAAUUAUUGUCUCAAAAUUUUAAAUAGUAUGCUUAACAUUGUAAA